CCGCAUGGCUCCCAGCUACACCGGUAAGGCUCCAUUUGUUUCCCGGACAGACCCGAGAGCCUGCCGGCCCCUUGACCACCCACUUCCCAGUGGAGGAAACCGAGGCAGAGGAGGCUCAGACUAUGGCCUUGCUGUGUGCUCGAUCCCCCCUGGGGUCCUGUGGGACCCCCGCCCGCGGCAGCCUCCUGUUCCUGCUUCUCAGCUUCAGGUGGGUGCUACAUUCCAGGGCCCAGGCUGCAGACACAGGACAGGAUGCAGCCCCAUGGCUGCAACGCACCUCCCAGGACCUGUCCUGGCAGCAGCCUGAGCUAAGUGUCAUCUUCCGGAGGGCCCUGCAGGACACAGAGAAGAAGGCCUGCCCUCCAGGGAAGGAGGCCCAUGUGGUGGAUGAAAACCUCAUUUUCUACAAGGAGUGGGAGCUGGAGGCCUGUGUGGACGGGGCCCUGCUGGCCAAGCAGAUGGACCGGGUGAAUGCGAUUCCCUUCACCUACCAGCAGCUUGACAUUUUCAAGCGCAAAUUGGACGAGUUCUACCCACAGGGGUACCCGGAGUCCCUGAUCCGGCACCUGAGUUACUUCUUCCAUGAGGUCACCCCCGAGGACAUCCACAAGUGGAACGUGACAUCCCUGGAAACCGUGAAAUCUCUGCUGAAAGUCAGCAAAAGGGGCAAAAUGGAUGCUCAGGUGGCUGCCCUGAUUGCCCGCUAUCUGGUAGUAGGGGACCAGCUGGACAAUGCCACCCUGGACAUGCUGGCCAGCUUCCGUCCUACCUACCUCUGCUUCCUCAGUCCUGAGCAGCUGGGCUCCGUGCAACAAGAUGUGGUUUGGGCGGUUAGGCCCGAGGACCUGGAUACAUGCCGCCCACUGCAGAUGGAUGUCCUCUAUUCCAAGGCCCGCAUUGCUUUCCAGAACAUGAGCGGGUCCGAAUACUUUGCGAGGAUCAAGCCCUUCCUGGGUGGGGCCUCCACGGAGGACUUGCGGGCUUUCACUCGGCAGAACAUAAACAUGGAUGUGGCCACAUUCAAGAAGCUGCGGAAAGAGGCCCUGCUGCCAAUGACCAUUGCCGAGGUGCAAAAACUUCUGGGUCCAAACCUGGCGGGCCUGAAGGUGGAGGAGGGGAACAGCCCCUUGCGGGACUGGAUCCUGAGGCAGCGGCAGGACGACCUGGACAGCCUGGGGCUGGGGCUCCAUGGUGGCAUCCCCAACGGAUACCUGGUUCUGGACCUCAACGUCCGAGAGGCCCUUUCUGGGGGCCCCCACCUCCUUGGACCUGGACCUGCGCUCACUGUGAUCCCAGCUCUGCUCCUGGCUUUGAUCCUGAACUGAGCUGGCCUGCUAGGGGCUGAGCCCUGCUGUGGAGACCCCGCCUGGUGGGAGCAGGUCUCCACCCCACCCCAGGGGACUGGAGCUCAAUAAAAGAGAACAUAUUUGC